CGCGCAGCGCCAGUAACAGCCCGACGCUCGGCGCGGUCGCUAUGUCAACGAACAAACGACAACGAACAAAUUAACUGCGAUUUAAAAUUCGAUUUUAAAAUGUCACGUUUCGGUUCAUCGAAAAUAUCGCCAAGGAUGUGAACUCUUUUAAAUUGCCAGUGUAGUUUCAAUGUGAUACUUGUUUCGAUGUGCAUAAGGACGUGUGUUGUGUGAACCUUGCGAGCGGAGGCGCUCGAGUCAGUUUUGUGUUUAAAAUAAGGUUUUAUUAAGACUGAAAAUGUGGCAUUUCAUAAUGUUGGCGGCGCUGUUCGCGACCGCGCGCUCCAAGCAGUUGCCCUCCAGCUCUGCUAUAUCGACCACCACAAUAGCAACAGCGACGGACUCGGCCGAAGACUGGCCGGCCGCGCUCGCGCCACUCGACACGCUAGCUGUCAAGUGCGAGAAGGACAACAUGCAUGUCACCAUCUCCCUCGCACACACACAGAUACAUCCUAACAGUAUAUACGACACGUUCAACGGCAUCGUGUACCCGUCGGGGCUGGGUAGCAACUCCACCUGUCUGCGCGAGUACGUGUCCGCGCGGGGGGACCUCCACUACACACUACCGCUCAAGGGAUGCAACACCAUGUCGGUUGAUAAUGACGAUGGUACGGUGGAGUAUUUCAACAACAUCAUAGUGCAGCCACAUCUGCGACUGGUUACCGGACAGGGGAGAGGGUACCACGUGCGGUGCCGCUACCGCCGGCGCGACCUGACGCUGUACCACCUGCACAAACCGCAUGCCGACAGGCUCACCAGCGGGGACGACUAUAACAACGACGAAUAUGACGAGGAGUCGGGGCUGCUGCCGUCUGUCAGCAUGAAGAUAUACAAGGGCGAUCCUGAAGAUAAUGAGGUCGCAUCAAACGUGCGCAUCGGCGACACCCUGACGCUGGUGGUGUCGCUGGAGAAGCAGAGGAACUACGGCCUGCUGGUCUCCGAGUGCUCCGUCAGGGACGGCCUGGGCUGGGCCGAGCAGAGCCUCAUUGCUGAUGAUGGGUGUCCCCUGGACGGCGAGAUAAUGGGUUUCUUCCAGUACUCCGGCGAGAAGCAGACGGCCAAGGUGUCGUUCCCCGCGCACAAGUUCCCCUACACCGCCUCCGUGUACUACACCUGCGAAGUCAAGCUGUGUGACCUCAACCAUCCCACGGAUUGCGAGCCAUGUUCGCACAAGAAGAAGCGCACGCGUCGACAGUCGGACGAGGGCUCUCCCGCUACGGUGGAGGUGUUCUCCGGGCUGUACGUCAACGAGGCCGACUCCAUUGACGCGUUAGAUGACGUCACCAGUGAAAAGAAAGAAGACGAAAUUUGUAUAUCACAGAGGAACUUCGCUAUCGGGAUAUGUAUAGCGGGCGUGAUUCUCAUGAUCUGCGUUAUCGCGGCCAUAGCCUUCAUACUCGCCAGGAGAAGAAAUCCCAAGACCUAUUCUAGGACCGGUAGCUCCCUGUAUAGCGGACCCUACACCAACACCGGCUACUCGCAUACGAGCUAAAUUCGAAAUUCAAAAUUUUGUGUUGCCAAUCGAAUUUAAAAUUUUAUUUUUUUUAAUUUACUUUGAUGAAGGAUUAGGCUUUUUGAAUGCAAUAUUUUUAAUUGAAUUCCAUAUACUGCCAUCAGACUCUCUUGCUGUCGUGUGCUAGUUAUUGACAAUACUAAAUUAUUUAACAAACUUAAUGUUCAGAAAUAGUAGUGGUGAUAACAUUUUAAAUGGUUUCUUUCUUAUUUAGUGUUGCCGUAUAUAAAAGGCUGUUCUGGCGAAAGCCACAAUAAAAUUGUAUUUAUAAGUAGUCAUAGUUGUGGUUUCUCACAACGAUUGAGUCAAACUAGUUAAGUUAUACCAAUAUUUUAUCAUAGCAUAUAUUUUUCUACAAUUAAGCGUAAGACAUUCGACUAUUGUUCACAAUUUUGCCACGUUCAGUGAUUUUUUUCUUUUUUGUUGUGGCAGCACAGUAGUUGAAGGUAUUUAUAAUCGACAGUUAUAAUAUGUGAUAUUCCGUCCAUAAUCCGUCCUCAUAGGCUAAGUAAACGGUUGCCUUGCAUUACGUAUCGAAUUUAGUGUGUAUAAAUUAUUUAGCCUAGUUAGCCUAGCUUCUAUGUUCGAGAAAAGGCCUAAAAACUAGCAAUAUUUUUGUAUGUAAAUAAAGGUUGUGCUGUUGAAAAAAUGAUGAUGAUGAAAUCAUACGCUUUUUCGGUUUAAAUUAAUAUUUCUAACAUAUAUUUUACUGUCAUUAACUACUUAUAUUUUGAUAAACAUUUUUCGAAGUGAUAGUAUAUUUCUUAGGUAAACCUAACCUAAGUCCUAUGUUUGCUAGGUCUUUUCUAUUUACUAAAGGUGGCGGGAGAAUUCAUUUUAUUCAGGGAAUAAAAAAUAACUGUAAACUCACAAAUGUAAUGCGAACAGGUAUUGUUAUGGCAAUGUAUUUUUUAAACUUUGCUCUAAAGCAAUUAUAUAGGUAAUUUAUGUAUUAUGGUUGCCAUAUUUUAUUUAGGGAACUCCAUAAAUGUAGAGAAUUGACAGAAUUGUAUAGCUAGAAAGAGAGCUAAAUAAUAUUAUGUCUAUCUUUCUUUUGUAUGUGACUUGUAUAAUCACAAGUCAAGAAAGGAAAGUAAGGUUCAAACAUAAGGCCUCUCUUUCUACUGAAAACUUGUUUAAACAUAAUAGCAACCCUGUAUGAACAUAAUAUACAUAUAAACAUGUAUUGCAUCCCUUUUACUAAUAAAGAUAAGCAGCUGUCCUUGUCUAUCAUGUAACUUUUGUAAUGUGUGCGACAAAGAUCAGAGUAGACCUUUUAUAGUUUCGCUGUGUAAAUAUUUUUAUUACUGAGGGGGUUACUUAUAUAUUAUUAUGGUCUUAUACCAUCAGAUAUUGUUUGUCUGUCUGUCCGUUCUCUACAUGUAUGUAUGCUAUAGGUGCUAUUCUACUAAGCCUCUAAACAACGAACAUCGGUGUGAGUUUCAUACCUACCCCAUUGCGACUUAGUUAUAACUUCACUAGUUUAAAAUCAAUGGGGUUCUGGAACCAUAUCGUUCAUGUAACUUUAACAAAUAUACUAAAUACGAAAAUUUA